GGAGCAUGCCCGGCUGGAGCCGGGCCUCGGGGCGCGCCCCGGCCGCCGUCCCCACCUCCGCCUCCUCCUUCUCCUCCUCCGUCUCCUCCUCCUCCUCCUCUUCCAGUCCCGCCGCCGCCGCAACCAACAUGGCUGCGCUACUGAGCCCGGGAGGCGGCCGCUGCUGAGCGCCGCUCGCCGCCCGGGCCCCCAGCCCGCCCAGGCCCCGGCCCAUGGCCCCCGCGGCCUCGCGGCCCCCGGCGCUCUAGGGCUGCCGCCACCGCUCGCCGCCCCGAGGCGCCCGGGGCCCGUCGCCACCCGCCUGCCUGCCCGCCCGCCUGCGCGCCCGCCGGCCUCCGGGAGUCCGGUAGCCGUCCGGCGGGGCGGGGCGGGGCGGCCGCCACCAUGGAGCCCCAGCGCCGGGAGCUGCUCGCCCAGUGUCAGCAGAGCCUGGCCCAGGCCAUGACAGAGGUGGAGGCGGUGCUCGGGCUGCUCGAGGCCGCAGGAGCGCUGAGCCCCGGCGAGCGGCGGCAGCUGGACGAGGAGGCGGGAGGCGCUAAGGCGGAGCUGCUGCUCAAGCUGCUCCUGGCCAAGGAGCGGGACCACUUCCAGGACCUGCGGGCGGCGCUGGAGAAGACGCAGCCUCACCUGCUGCCCAUUCUCUACCUGAACGGCGUCGUCGGGCCGCCGCAGCCCGCCGAGGGCGCCGGCUCCACGUACAGUGUCUUGUCCAUCAUGCCCUCAGACUCGGAGAGCAGCAGCUCCCUCAGCAGUGUGGGCACCACUGGGAAGGCGCCGUCCCCACCGCCGCUGCUCACUGACCGGCAAGUGAAUGAGAAGGUGGAGAACCUCUCCAUUCAGCUGCGGCUGAUGACCCGGGAGAGGAAUGAGCUGCGGAAGCGCCUGGCCUUCGCCACCCACGGGACCACCUUCGACAAGAGGCCCUACCACAGGCUGAAUCCGGACUACGAGAGGCUGAAGAUCCAGUGUGUGCGGGCCAUGUCAGACCUGCAGAGCCUGCAGAACCAGCACACCAACGCCCUGAAGAGGUGCGAGGAGGUGGCCAAGGAGACCGACUUCUACCACACGCUCCACAGCCGGCUCCUGAGCGACCAGACCCAGCUGAAGGAUGAUGUGGACAUGCUGAGGCGGGAGAACGGACAGCUGCUACGGGAACGUAACCUGCUCCAGCAGUCGUGGGAGGACAUGAAGCGGCUCCACGAGGAGGACCAGAAGGAGAUCGGUGACCUCCGGGCCCAGCAGCAGCAGGUGUUGAAGCACAACGGGUCAUCAGAAAUUCUCAACAAGCUGUAUGACACGGCCAUGGACAAGCUGGAGGUGGUUAAGAAGGACUAUGACGCCCUGCGGAAGAGGUAUAGCGAGAAAGUCGCCGUCCACAGCUCGGACCUGAGCCGCCUGGAGCAGCUAGAGGAGGAGAACCAGCGCCUUCUGAAGCAGACGGAGAUGCUGACCCAGCAGAGGGACACGGCCAUCCAGCUGCAGCACCAGUGCGCCCUCUCCCUGAGGAGGUUCGAGGCCAUCCACCACGAGCUGAACAAGGCCACGGCCCAGAACAAGGACCUGCAGUGGGAGAUGGAGCUGCUGCAGUCGGAGCUGACGGAGUUGAGGACCACACAGGCGAAAACUGCCAAGGAGUCAGAGAAGUACAAGGAGGAGCGGGAUGCGGUGUACAGCGAGUACAAGCUCAUCAUGAGCGAGCGCGACCAGGUCAUCUCCGAGCUGGACAAGCUGCAGACCGAGGUGGAGCUGGCUGAGUCCAAGCUCAAGAGCAGCACGUCUGAGAAGCAGGCGGCCAGCGAGGAGAUGGAGGCGCUGCGACAGAUCAAAGACACGGUGACAAUGGACGUGGGGAGAGCCAACAAGGAGGCUGAAAUCCUUCGAAAGCAGUGCAAGGCUCUGUGCCAGGAGCUGAAGGAAGCCCUCCAGGAGGCGGAUGUGGCCAAGUGCCGGCGGGACUGGGCCUUCCAGGAGCGGGACAAGAUCGUGGCGGAGCGGGACAGCAUCCGGACGCUCUGUGACAACCUGAGGCGGGAGCGGGACCGGGCGGUGAGCGAACUGGCUGAGGCCCUGCGCAGCCUGGAUGACACUCGCAAACAGAAGAACGACGUCAGCCGGGAGCUGAAGGAGCUCAAGGAGCAGAUGGAAUCCCAGUUGGAAAAGGAGGCCCGGUUCCGGCAGCUGAUGGCCCACAGCUCCCACGACUCGGCCAUUGACACAGACUCCAUGGAGUGGGAAACAGAAGUCGUGGAGUUUGAAAGGGAGACGGAGGAUAUUGACUUGAAGGCACUUGGUUUCGAUAUGGCAGAGGGUGUGAAUGAACCUUGUUUGCCGGGGGACUGUGGCAUAUUUGUCACUAAAGUGGACAAAGGAAGCAUCGCUGAUGGCCGCUUACGGGUCAAUGACUGGCUGUUGAGAAUCAACGACGUGGACCUCAUCAAUAAGGACAAGAAGCAGGCCAUGAAGGCGCUCCUCAACGGGGAGGGGGCCAUCAACAUGGUCGUGCGUCGGAGGAAGUCCCUGGGCGGGAAGGUGGUCACACCGCUGCACAUCAACCUGAGCGGGCAUAAAGACAGCGGCAUCAGCCUGGAGAAUGGAGUGUAUGCUGCCGCUGUGGUGCCCGGAAGCCCGGCUGCCAAAGAGGGGUCCCUCGCCGUGGGAGACAGGAUUGUGGCUAUCAAUGGCAUUGCACUGGACAACAAGUCUCUGAAUGAGUGUGAAUCUCUGCUGCGGAGCUGCCAGGACUCCCUGACCCUCUCCCUCCUGAAGGUGUUCCCUCAGAGCGCGUCGUGGAGCGGCCAGAACAUCUUUGAAAACAUCAAGGACUCUGAUAAGAUGCUGAGCUUCCGAGCCCAUGGCCCGGAGGUCCAGGCUCAGAAUAAACGGAAUUUGAUGCAGCACAACAACUCCACACAGACGGACAUCUUCUAUGCUGACAGGCUGGAGGACAGGAAGGAGUCUGGCCCCCCAGGAGGCAGCAGCUCCUUCCUGCACAAGCCGUUCCCCGGGGGAACCUUCCCCGUCUCCCCCCAGGCCUGUCCCAGCGCCUCCGAGCGUAGCCUGAGCCCCUUCCGCUCGGACGCCUCGGGGGAGCGUGGCUCUGGGCCGGUGGACGUGCGUAGCCGGCGGCCACUGCUGCCCUUCGAGACUGAGGUGGGCCCCUGUGGGGAGGCAGAGGCCCGCCUGGACAAGGCAGAGCCCGAGAGUGCCAACAGCGGCGGGACCUGGCCCAAGGCUGUGCUCAGCUCCACGGCAGGACCCGAGAAGCUCUCCGUUUACAAGAAGCCAAAGCAAAGAAAGUCUAUCUUUGACCCAAACACUUUCAAACGCCCCCAGACGCCCCCCAAAAUAGACUACCUGCUCCCAGGCCCUGGGCCUGCUUACUCCCCCCUGCCCUCCAAGAGGGUGGGACCUCUGACGCCCCCAAAGCCUCCCAGGAGGGGUGACUCCAUUAAGUUCCAGCACAAACUGGAAACCAGUUCUGAGUCAGAGGCCACUCUAGUGGGCAGCUCCCCAUCCACCAGCCCCCCGAGCGCCCUGCCCCCCGACAUGGACCCCGGGGAGCCCAUGCACGCCUCGCCCCCUCGCAAGGCCAGGGUCCGCAUUGCUUCCAGCUACUACCCUGAAGGGGACGGGGACUCCUCCUACCUGCCGGCCAAGAAGUCCUGUGACGAGGACCUCACCUCCCAGAAGAUGGACGAGCUGGGGCAGAAGCGCCGCCGGCCAAAGUCUGCUCCCAGCUUUCGGCCCAAGCUCGCUCCAGUAGUGAUCUCUGCUCAGUUCCUGGAGGAGCAGAAGAGCGUCCCGGCCAGUGGAGAGCUCUCCCCAGAUCUCCAGGAGUGGUCCCCUUACUCGCCAGGGCAUUCCAGCCGGCACAGCAACCCCCCCUUCUACCCCAGCAGGGCGUCUGUGGGUGGAGCAGGGCCAGAAGCUUGCAUAGAUCUGGGGCUGGCUGGAUGCUUUGGGGCCACUGUCUCACCCUGCCCAUUUGCAGGCACUGUUCCCCGCAGUAUGACCCCGAGCACCACUGUGAGCUCCGUCCUGAGGAACCCCAUCUACACCGUGCGCAGCCACAGGGUCGGCCCUUGCAGCUCUCCGCCUGUCCCCAGAGAGGCUGGCCCCCAGGGUUUGCAUCCCAGUGUCCAGCACCAGGGCCGCCUGAGCCUGGAUCUGAGCCCCAGGGCCUGCAGCGACUGCUCUGAGAUGAGAGCCUCCCACGGGUGCAACUCCCUGCCCUCCAGCGCCCGCCUCGGGUCUUCGAGCAACUUGCAGUUUAAGGCAGAACGCAUUAAAAUCCCAUCAACGCCAAGAUAUCCGCGGUCUGUCGUGGGCUCUGACAGAGGCUCGCUGUCCCACUCGGAGUGCAGCACUCCCCCGCAGUCUCCUCUGAAUGUCGAAGGCCUGUCCUCCUGUAGCCCAUCCCAGACCUCAGCCGCCACAUUGCCCAGGAUUGCCGUCAACCCCGCAGCCCUCGGGGAGCGCAGAAAGGACAGGCCCUACGUGGAGGAGCCACGCCAUGUGAAGCUGCAGAAGGGCUCGGAGCCGCUGGGCAUCUCCAUUGUGAGCGGGGAGAAGGGCGGUGUCUACGUCUCCAAGGUGACCGGGGGGAGCAUCGCUCACCAGGCCGGCCUUGAGUACGGGGACCAGUUACUUGAGUUCAACGGCAUAAACCUGCGGAGCGCCACGGAGCAGCAGGCCCGGCUCAUCAUCGGGCAGCAGUGCGACACCAUCACCAUCCUGGCCCAGUACAACCCACACAUGCACCAGCUGAGCGGCCACUCCCGGUCCAGCUCCCACCUGGACCCUGUCAGUCCCCACUCCACUCUCCAGGGCAGCAGUGCCACCACCCCGGAGCAUCCCUCUGUCAUUGACCCACUGAUGGAGCAGGACGAGGGCCCUGGCACACCCCCGGCCAAGCAGAGCACCCCCGGCUCCAGGAUGGUGGGAGAUGCCACCAAGAAGACCCCAGAACCACGAGUUGUUUUCAUCAAGAAGUCCCAGCUGGAGCUUGGCGUGCACUUAUGUGGUGGGAACCUGCAUGGGGUGUUCGUGGCCGAGGUGGAGGACGACAGUCCUGCCAAGGGCCCCGACGGCCUCGUGCCUGGGGACCUCGUCCUUGAGUACGGUGGUCUGGACGUGCGCAACAAGACGGUGGAGGAGGUCUAUGUGGAGAUGCUGAAGCCCAAGGACAGUGUCCGCCUGAAGGUGCAGUACCGCCCUGAGGAGUUCACCAAGGUCAAGGGCCUGCCUGGCGACAGCUUCUAUAUCAGGGCCCUCUAUGAGCGGCUGGCAGAGGUGGAGCAUGAGCUGAGCUUUAAGAAAGAUGACAUCCUCUACGUGGAUGACACCUUGCCCCAGGGCUCAUUUGGGUCCUGGAUGGCCUGGCAGCUGGAUGAGAAUGCCCAGAAGAUCCAGCGCGGGCAGAUCCCCAGCAAAUACGUGAUGGACCAAGAAUUCUCCCGGAGGCUCAGCAUGUCUGAAGUCAAGGAUGACAACACCACCGCAAAGACGCUCUCGGCGGCUGCACGCAGGUCCUUCUUUCGAAGGAAACAUAAGCAUAAACGCAGCGGGUCCAAAGAUGGGAGAGACCUCCUUGCCUUGGACACCUUUUCCAACGACUCCAUUCCACUCUUUGAAGAUUCGGUGAGCCUUGCCUAUCAGCGGGUCCAGAAGGUGGACUGCACCUCCCUGAGGCCAGUCUUGAUCCUGGGGCCUUUACUGGAUGUGGUGAAGGAAAUGCUCGUGAACGAGGUGCCCGGCAAGUUCUGCAGAUGCCCCCUUGAGGUGAUGAAGGCCUCCCAGCAGGCCAUCGAGCGGGGCGUCAAAGACUGCCUGUUUGUCGACUAUAAGCGGAGGAGUGGCCACUUUGACGUGACCACAGUGGCUUCCAUAAAGGAGAUCACAGAAAAGAACCGGCACUGUCUCCUGGACGUCGCCCCCCACGCCAUUGAGCGGCUGCACCACAUGCACAUCUAUCCCAUCGUCAUCUUCAUCCACUACAAGAGCGCCAAGCACAUCAAGGAGCAGAGAGACCCCAUCUACCUGAAGGACAAGGUGACUCAGAGGCAUUCCAAAGAGCAGUUUGAGACGGCUCAGAAGAUUGAGCAGGAGUACAGCAGGUUCUUCACAGCCAGCGCUCGGCGCUGUUCCGUGGAUCCCGCAGAGAGCCCUGGUCUAGUGUCUGCCGGGCUGUGGUGCUGAAAGCCUGCAGAGCAGGCCUGAGCCAGAGCUGGAGACAUUCCAUCAUCUUUGCUGGGAAUCUUCUCUGGGCCAUGGGAUGCCCAGCUUCCGAGACCCAACCUUGUCACCUGUAGAAUCCUGCUGCCGAUCGGACCAUCACAACACAGCCCAGACUGCCUUCCAGUGUGCUGGGACUCCCCAUUGCAUGACUAGGCAAAGCAGCCCAGAGCAUCAUUGCAGUGGGGCCUGGCCAUUCAUGUGUGUGGUCAGAUCCUGUCAUCCCUGUUACAGGGACCAGGGCAGCCUGGCAAAAUGGGACACCAGCCUUCAUUUGAGCGUAAAAUUUUAACAUCCUAUGGAACAGUUGCCGAGAGGGAUAGGUAAAAAGCCGAAGUGAUUUGCACUCAACUCUUUAUUUUCUCUUUUCCAAUUUCUCACUGAUGGAAGAGAGUGAGAGACGGGAGUGGGGCAGGAGGGCCAGGUAGCUCAAAACAGGCAGAAGGCCAGGAAGAGUAAAAGAUGUGUUUAUUUGCCUUCACCCUGGGGUCUUCCUCUGGGCCAAUGACGUGUGUGUUUGGGGGCUCUCUUGCAGGGGUCGUCCAGGGAGGAGCCCUGUCGAGCAUUUGCGCUCAGAUCUUGGCAAUGGUCAACCAAGAGCAGAAUAAAGUCCUGUGGAUCCCAGCCAGCCCUCUCUAGAACUCGGUGCUGGGGACGGCUGCAGCUUGGCCGCCGGCGUGACUGCCGGGCUCAGCUCUCUUUAGCGACUAAAGAUAGACGCCUCUGUAUAUAAACGCGAAGGGGAAGGAUCCAUGAAGCAGGACUCCAGAAGCACCUCCUUUGUAGACAGAGGGCCGCAGACUCUAUUCCUCUCACUCGUGCGCUGUAAGACAGAAGACUCUGUAGAGGGGCUCGACACCAACCUUUCUCGUAGCCAGCUCAUCAGAGAUGCUGCAAAGAGAACCUUUCAGAUCACAAGUUUACAAGCCUUUUCUAAGUAUUCGGUUGUUUAUGUUUACUUGAACGGCUCCAUGUUGUCGCUGCCCAGCCCCUGCCCUUUUCCUCACUGUCGCUUUGGUGUUGGUUUUGUGCCUGUUUUCAGCGAGACGACUCUGGAGCCUCGCUGGGGGCCGCUUUGCUUUGGGAGGUUCUUGUCAGUGGGACCAGAGCUUUGACAAACUUCAUGCUCCUUGGUGGUACCUCUCCUGGAAGGACCUGCGAGUGCGGAUGCUUCGACCGUCGGCGGGCGCGGAACCAGUGCCUUUGUGGGGCAGACUCUCCGGCGGCAGUGUAUUCCCCUCCUGCACAGAGGAGGGCGACUUGGGCCCGUCUCGCGGACGCGCCCCUCAGACUGUGUCUCCGGCCCUCUGCGUCCUCUUCUCGUCCACCUGCAUCCAUGAUUCCAGCGUUCUCUCUGGUCCUCGGAGCUUCACGGGUUCACUGUGACACAGCCGGUUCUGGGCAGGGUGUUAGGCUGGGGCUGAUGCAUGCCACUGGGUCCUCUUUAGGUUCUGUGAACAGUGACAGCCUUUACCAGUGCAGAUUUUGCAGGGUAAUUCCUAAGCGCUCUAGAGUGGGGCGGGCACAUCAGCUCUACUUGAUAUAAAAACAUUCGUGUUUCAGACUUUGAGCAGAGAACCCUUACGGAAGCUUAAGGAUUAGUGCAGUCACUGUCAAAACUCAAAAAAAGAGAAACCGGGAUCUAUCUAGUUUUGGCUCCAGCGCUUAUAGCAUGAGCAGUGCUCCACGGGGAUGGCUUUGUUUGGGGUUUGUGUGUUUUUUUUUUUUUUUUUUUUCUACCGCUUCUGACGCUGGAUGUUUCUGGCUGAAGGUUUGAUCUGGUUCCUCCUUAAACUGUGCGUCCUCUUAAUAAUAGGUACUGUACGGGGCUCCGGGUAAGUGUCACUGGGGUAGGACCUCUAUUUUAAUACUGUUCCUAACAUUUCAUUUUACUAGCAAGAAAUCGCUGAUUUCAUUUUAUUCUUUGUAAUUCUAGACACUAGAUUAUAGUUUAGCCAUAGUGACAUUUUUUUAAAAAAGGGAUAUAUUUUCUUGCACAGUUGUUCGAAAAGAGACACGUUUCAGUCCUCAGUGCUGCCCUUCGUUUCACAGGUACACGCGUUCUGGCUCAGACAACUGGGACCCCCUGCAGGCUGUCGAGGGGUCUCACUGGCGCCCUGCGGGGCUGCUGCUCCGGGCGGCGGGGGUGGGACGGUGAUGGUACAGUGUGCACAGGUACUGUUCGGACAGACUGGGAUUUUCUGUACUAAAACCUUCCUUUGUAUCGAAAGUUAAACAGACUUUAGUACAAUAAAUAAAGGUCAAUUUCUGUAACUUCUUGUGGUGAGGAGACCUGCAUUCAUUGAGUUUCCACCUUUCCCGCCUCCUGCGCUCUCUUUGUUGCUAAGUUUGAGGCCGCCUUCCUCCCCUGUGGCAGGUGGCUGGAAUUGCCGCCACGUGAGGUUCUCGCCAGCUCUCGCGAUGGUCAGGAGCCCCUCUUAGCUGUGGCCUCAGCCCCUCUGACUCCCUCCUUCCCUCCCACGUGUCCCUCUGUCCAGCAGAGCUGUGGGUAGUGCGUGCGGCCAGGCAGCUGAUUUGUGCAAGAUUCAGAUCCUGCCCUGGGGGCUCCCAUUCAGAUAUGCAGGUUUGGGCUGGGCCGAGAAAAGCAAAGGGGGUUUGAAGGACGCCAGUGUCCCCUCGUGUUCUCAGUCAAGUCCCUGUCUGCCAGGGGGUGAGGCCCAGACCGGGCCCCCGGGGUGAAGAAGGCCGAGCCUGGCCCAGGGGCUGUAGUGCGAGACCACCCACGGCUCUCCUGGGUAGCCACUCUGGGCCUGAAAGUCUGUUCCAGGGUGGCAGGAAGGCUGGGAGAAGUGGCCAGGAGGCCCAGGUCAGAGCAGAGCCCUCCUCCUCUGCUCUGUUUGCUCGGAGGAGCUUGAGGGCAGACUCUCGUGGAAAAGCCUCACGCUGCGCCAGAGGCUGGGCCAGCAGGGGCCGACUCGGUGCCAUGCCUCCCUGGUCAUGGCCCACGGGUGCAGCUCCACUGUGGACCCUGCAGUCUCACCUGCAGCUCCCUCUGGCCUUGCCUGCAGCCACAGGAGUCGCCGAGCUGCGUCGGACUGUGGCCGUGGAGAGGAGGGGAGGGCCUGUGCAGCCGGCCGGGUCCCAAGCCCGCCGCUCCUCGGCCUGCGUGAAGCCAGCCACAGGGUCGCCUACAUCUUGACAAACUCAGCACUGACCUUGGGGGAGGAGGGCGUGCGCCGCGGCCUGGAUCCUGUGACCCACCCAACAAAUGCUCGUUUGAGGACAUGGUUUCUUUUAAAAGAGGUCCAUGACGAUGCCAAAGCCACAGCAGCUCACACUUGUUGCGUUAUGAGUGAUUUUUAUUUUCUUCUUUAGACUUUUCUGUACCUUCCAAGUUUUCUGCGGGAAGCUUGGUUUUCUUUUACAAUCGCGGGUAAAACCGCUACGCCUCUUCAAACGGAGGGCAGUUAGGUCGCUGAGCUCAUAGACUGCUUGUUUCUGGAUGCACUGAGGCCUUGCAGGGCUGCCCCUGGGACACCGCUGAGUGGCACUGGGUUGGCACGGGUGUGCAGUUGUGUUUGUCUCUAAACUGUGCAGAGCCCAGGCAGGGGCUGGAGGUGCGCAGCCUUUGCCCCCAGUUGGUGUCUGUCGUACGCAGGCUCAGAUCCUUCUGGAAAGGCACAGCUGACUUUCAACUCCAGCCUUGAGGCAUUGGACAGAUCUCACCUGGGCCUCCAAAGACAGUGCAGACGAGAUGACCUCUGAGGCCCCCUCCCAUGCUGACACCUGAGUUAUGGGCGCGGAGUGGGACUUCCCUCCUGGCCUUGCAGAGCCUGAGCAAAACCCCAGCUCUGGGAGCCUCGGCACACGUGACUUUCUGAGACUGGAGGAGUCCUUGACGCCUAAUGCACAGGAGCAGAAGCCGAAGGGGUCUGGACCGGGAGCCAAACACUGGCCCAAAGUCCUGGGCCUCUCUGGCCGGAACAAGGCUCUGAGGCUGACCAAAGUGGCUGGACAACUGGAGUUUGGGGCUGGGAAGCUGAGCUGCCGCCCCUCUCGCGGUUGACAGGGCAGAGGGCCACCCGGGUCACGGAUGCCAAGCACGGACGGAGAGAAAUAACGAGGAAUUGCCGGGUGGGGUGCAGAGCAAGCAUGAUCUCACAGCUGGGAGUGUGGCUAGCAUGGAGGCGAUCAUCUUCUUGCAGGGGAUGGGGCUCCGAGGCCCGAGCCUGGACAGCCGGGCCUUCUCCCCUGCACCCUUCUGCUGCUCUUCUCCCUGUGGCUUUCCUGGACCUUAUUUCAAUCAUGCAUGCUCUUUUUUUCAUGUGCUCAUACCUUCCAGAAUGUAGUCUCUGGCUUCUUGAUGGUUUUCCCCUUCAGGUCUCCUUGCUAUUAUGAGUUUAUAUCAUUUUUUUCAACCGUGAAAUGUGUCAUACAUACGGAAGAGCAUAUACAGUAUAAAUAUACGGUCUAAAGAAUAAUAAAAUGGACAGUGCGUCCACUGUUAAGGAACACUACCACUACUGUAGAAGCCAUCUUAACACCCAACAGUAGCUGAAUUCUCCACCUUUUCCCCCAAAGUGAGCACUGUACUGACUUGUGGUUUAAUGAUUUCCUUGCUUUUUUCUAUUUUCACCUCCAGUGGAGGUGUUUUGAAACAAUGUCGUGUGUGGUUUUGAAAACACUGGGCCUCAAGCACACACUGAGCUGUGAGGGCACAGGGCAGCACUGCCACUGUUUGAUGACAUUCGCCAGACAAUAUAAUGGGCUCUCCGGGGCAGGGCGAGCCUCCGCUUCCCUGGGAACUUUGAAGAGCCCUUUCCCCUUGGGGAAGUCAGUGAGCAGGGACUUGAAUGAGUCCUGGGGCGUGUGGCCGUGCCGUGUCUGGCAGAAAUAUGGUCAGAGGGCGUGGACCGCUGACUGCAGUUUUCAGGCUCACCACAGCCAUCCUCUGGAUUUCAGCAGUAAGCCAAAGCUGAGCACGUCUGUGGGAGGAAACGCUGGUUCCUCUUGCUGAUCUGGAGAGCAGGAAGGUCUCCAGCGCAUGUCGAUAAAAGCCUAGGAGAAAUAAGACCCGGGGCCGGGAUCACCUUAACGUUCUGUUCUUAGCCGAGCCCUAUGAAACGAGCAGAGGCUUUGGUGCUAACAGCUCUGGACGUUUCUGUCUUGAGUCCCUGCUCCAGACCAGACUUCUUGUCCUCUUGGUCUGGUGCCAGCCCUCGUCCUGGUACCUCCUCUACUUUCCUGAGAAUUUCCUGGGAGUUUGCUUGAUUUCUUUCUUUGACUUUCCUCUCCUCUCUUUUGAUGGAUCUCCUGUUUCUUGUGCUGCUUGUGAGGAGAAAGGAUUAACCCCUGAUCCGAAUUCUUUCUUCAGAGGAAGAUGACUCCAUUUACCUUCUCUUAGGAUUGUUUUCUAGAGAAGUUCUGGAUUAAGAAAAAGGCAAGGUCUGUAUCCACCAUGGCCUGCUGAUCGGCGCGCCUGGGUUGGGAGGCCUGAGGGUCAAAGUAAACUGACAGAUAAACUUGCUGUCGGGUUUCCUCCUCGUCCUCCCUCCUUUCUGGAGCUUCCAUUAUUUAUACGUUGCACACCCUGGACAGAGUCCCUCAAUUUCUGACCUCCUAUUGGCAUCGUUUCGUCAUUUUGCUCUUUUUUGGAGGGGAUUCGCUCAGCUGUAUCUUUCGAGCCUUUCUGUUGAGUUGUUCAGCUUUUGCUAUCCGGUUUUUGAUUUCCAAGAACUCUUUCUGAAUGUCAUUUUUUUAUAUCAUUCUAUGCUUGUUUCUUGGAUAUAAUAUCUUCUCACACCUGAAGACAGAUAUUUUUUCUUCUCACGUAAUUCUAAUUCCUCCAAGGUUUAAGGUUUUUUUAUUUGCUGGUAGCUUAUUUAUUUAUUUAUUUAUUUUGUGGUCUGGGGGAUACCAGGACUGGGGAUACCUUGUCUUGUAUAUUAGCGCUUUAACCUCAGGUAUCAGGUAAUCCUUUUGUGUCAGCUAAUGAUUAAUCAUGGGCAUUUAAUUUAAUAGUCCAGAACAAAUGGGGAGGUGUGUAGUCUGAGUUUCUCUAGAGUGGCCUGGUUGGGCUGCUCACUGGGGAAUCCUAGUGAUGGUCUCCUUAGGUCUGCCUUCCGAUUCCCCACAGGAGUCCUUCCACUCCUGAUGGGAUGGGUCGGCCUGGCAGCAUCCCUGAGCCCACUGGGGAAGAAGGCGGGGAGACUCUUUGCAUUCAGGAGUCAGUACAGCAGCAUCCAGUCCCUUAGUCCUUUUCUCUUCAGUAUGGUACCAGUUCUCUGAUCUGUGCCUGGUGUCCCUAGUCCAGGAAUCCUCUCUUACAUUCUCCAGGCAAAAAAAACUCCCGGCUUCUUCAGCGUUGAGGGCAGUGCGGUAGCCCUGUAGCUUGGAUUGAAUCAUGCCUGCCCAGAUUAUCCAGGGUGCUCCCUUACUCUCUUCUUUUAAAUUUAUUUAUUUUUUGGCUGUGUUGAGUCUUCGUUGCUGUGCACACGGGCUUUCUCUAGUUGUGGCGAGCGGGGCUACUCUUCGUUGUGGUGCGCAGGCUUUUCAUUGCGGUGGCUUCUCUUGUUGCGGAGCACGGGCUGUAGGCACACGGGCUUCAGUAGUUGUGGCACGCGGGCUCAGUAGUUGUGGCUCGUGGGCUCUAGAGCGCAAGCUCAGUAGUUGUGGCACACAGGCUUAGUUGCUCCACGGCAUGUGGGAUCUUCCCGGACCAGGGCUCCAACCCAUGUCCCUUGCAUUGCCAGGUGGAUUCUUUUUUUUUUUUUUUUUCUUUUAAAGAAGGUGUUGGGCGUAGAGUUUAUUAAUUAAUUAAUUAAUUUUUGCUGUGUUGGGUCUUCGUUUCUGUGCGAGGGCUUUCUCUAGUUGUGGCAAGCGGGGGCCACUCUUCAUCGCGGUGCACAGGCCUCUCACUGUCGCGGCCUCUCUUGCUGCGGAGCACAGGCUCCAGACGCGCAGGCUCAGUAGUUGUGGCUUACGGGCCCAGUUGCUCCGCGGCAUGUGGGAUCCUCCCAGGCCAGGGCUCGAACCCGUGUCCCCUGCAUUGGCAGGCAGAUUCUCAACCAUUGCGCCACCAGGGAAGCCCCCAGGCGGAUUCUUAAUCACUGCGCCACCAGGGAAGCCCAGCCCUUACUCUUAAUGUUGACUGAUCGGGGCUUUAAUCACAUCUGCAAAAUGCCUUCACGGUAACACACAGCUCAGUGUUUAACUGAAUAACAGGACUGUGGCCUUGUCAAACUGACACACCAAAAGAACUGUCCCAGUGGGUUUACCAAUAACUUACCUAACCAGUUCCCAACAAAUGGGCAUUCAGAUUAAGUUUACUGUUGUUGUGUUUGUAUAUAGACUCACUUAACUUGAUAGAAGCUUCUCUGUUGGGUUUAUGGCUUACAGAUAGGACAUCAAGGCUUUGGGCAAGUUAUAGGAGAUUGCCUCAGCCCUUUCUUUUUGCCACGUUGCCUUUGGGAUAAAAGCAGACUUGUGCUUAGUUUGGAGAUGAUCUUAGCUUCUCACAGAUGCUACCUGCUCUGAGGAAGUUAACCAUCUAAGAAGCUGCUUUAUGCCUACUUGUCAAAGAUGGACAGAGAUGCCCUGAGGACUAAGCGACUGUGGGACUAAGAAGAGGGGCUGGCCGGCCCAGAUGCCCACAUGCAGACUCGACUGGAGGGUUCUGUGGGGCCAGGCUGCCCCCGAGCACGUCAUGGGGUGUGCAUCUCAGGACACACAAUGAUAAUGAACAGAAUCAAACAAAACCUGCUUUGAGCCCAGCAACGGUGUGUGCUGGUGUUGGUUCUGCAUGGAAAUAAAAAUGAUAAAUCUAAACUUGCAAGACAUUUUGCUAGAAAUGACAGUGGCUAUUUUUGACCAACAGCUUAUUUUUAUUAAGAUGAUCUGCUCAUAAUUAGAGUGAAGCUAAUAUAUGUUUAAUUUGGGCAUUUUACAAGUUUACAUUUUCCUUGAAGUACAGUAAGUUGUUUUUACAUUUUUGUGUUUGAAAUACGUUAAAUACUUCUGAUAACAUUUUAUGAUUUCUAAACAACUCCCUUGUUCCUAAAAACCAGCGUAUUUUUUAAAGUUAGCUUUUGUGACAUCCUGUGUCAUCUCUUGUUUCUGUGUGUUGCAGGGUCUAGACUAAGCGAGUGAUUCUCUAGGAUGCUACUGCUUGAGGUCAUCUUCAUUUAUGGGAAGUACAAUUGAUUAAAACCAAAAAUCUCAGAGUUGAAUCUGAAAGGCGUGUGUCUGUACACGAAGGUCCUUGUUUCAGGUCACAGCCCAGGUAAUUGGCCCUUAAAAAUGCAGAACAUGGGAUGGAAGCCCAUCAGAAGAGCUUCUCUGGGUCCCUCGCAGGCUGCACACUCGUUUCCCCAACAGUCCAAGGUUGAGGGCUCAGGGAUUGGGGAACUCUAGACUAUUGGCCUCCGUGCCAGAGCAGGGCUUCAUCCUUCAGUCCUGUAAUAGCAGGCUUGACCUCCUGUGGGUUAUAUCGGUUAUAUGACGCUCUUGACGCUGCUGGUAUCCCCAAGAGGUCAGGCAUUACUGCUUACUAUCCGACGACCCAGUCAGCAAGAGGCGGAGCGACAGCCUUAGCGUCUCAUGCCCGUCUCUGGGGUCCGCGCUUUUAGCCGCGGCUCGCGCCCGUCUCUGGAGCUCCUUUAAGCAGCGCUGUUAAUCCCCUCCCCGCGCACCAGGAAACAAAGAGGGAAGAAAAAGUCUCUUGCUUCUUCGGCAGGUCCAGACUUUUCCCCGGACUCCCUCCCGGCUAGCCGUGGUGCACUAACCCCCUGCUGGCUGUGUUCACGCCGCCAACCCCAGUCCUCUCCUUGCGCUCCGAGCGAAGCCGGAGCCUCAACUCCCAGCCCCGCCCGCCCUGGCGGGGGAGCAGACAAGCCUCUCAGGCUGGUGAGUGCCGGUUGGCCCUGAUCCUCUGUGCUGGAAUCUCUCCGCUUUGCCCUCCGCACCCCUGUUGCUGCGCUCUCCUCCGCGGCUGCGAAGCUCCCCCCUUCCGCCUCCCGCAGUCUCCGCCCGCGAAGGGGCUUCCUAGUGUGUGGACACUUUUCCUCCUUCACAGCUCCCUCCCGCUGGUGCAGGACCCGUCCCUAUCCUUUUGUCUCUGUUUUUUCUUUUUUCUUUUGCCCUACCCAGGUACGUGGGGAGUUUCUUGCCUUUUGGGAGGUCUGAGGUCUUCUGCCAGCAUUCAGUAGGUGUUCUGUAGGAGUUGUUCCACGCGUAGAUGUAUUUCUGGUGUAUCUGUGGGGAAGAAGGUGAUCCCCGCGUCUUACUCUUCCGCCAUCUUCCCGGAAGUUCCUGUGCUCCUUUUGAGGCCAGGUGCGGGCUCCCUAUCCCUUGUCAGCCCUUCCACCCCGAGACAGAAAUAAGUGUAGGAGAGGUGAGAUCCUUGGUAAGGGCAAGUGAGUCUCUCUGAUCUCUAGGUAUCCAGUCAGAAGCUCUCCUAGUUGUACGGCACAGCCAUGGGCAACUAGAUGGAUGAAGAGCUAAGAUGUCCUGAGGAAGCAGUAAUAAUAGCAAUGAAGGCAGUUAUGUGGGCCUUAUCAUGUGCCAGGUACUUCCCUAAGUAGUUCAUAUGUAUUCACCUCCAACCGUAUUUGGUAGGUACUAUUAUCCCCAUUUACAGAUGAGGAAACUGAGGAACACAGAAGCUGAGUAACUUGCUUAACUGACUAGUGGCAAUGCCAGAGUCUGUGUUCUUAACUUCUCUUUUGGAACACCUGCCAGGCAAUUGAGAAGGUGGUCAUUCCCAACCCAGACCCGGGUGCCUGGGCCAGGCCCGGGAGGAGGUCCCGAGAAGUAGGUGGUUGUGCUAAUCCAGCAAAGGACAAAGCUUGGCCAAGGGAAGUGGGAGCCGGAGGAAACAGCAACCAAGCAGGAGCGGGAGGCUAUCCUCAAACUCAGCUGGUCCUGCUCCAAAGUCAUGCUUAACUGUGGGGCAUGUGAUUCCCCGGGGCAGUUCUCUGCUGGCUGGCUGAUGCCAUGGCUGGAGGCCUGAGAUAGCCAGCCUUGCCAAUGUACACCUCCAACAUGGAAGCAGGCUCGGCAUUGGUCAUUAGGGAAGGGCCAGAGAGGCUGUGACCCCAUGCCCUGGUCAUUGUGGCCCAAUCUGCGGACAGAAGUAUCUGUUCAGUUAGGACAGUGACACCAGUACUUAAAAUGUCAUCUCACGAGAGGACCUCAGCUUUUGAAACUUGCCAAGCUUGAUGGCCUCUUCCCUCCCACUCCUCUGGCCCUCGCCCCCCGUGGACAAUUAGGAAGUAGAGGUGAUCCAUUUCCAGAGUGGACACCGUUGACUGUGAAAGAGGUAGGCUCCUUAAAAAUCCUUUUAAGGAAUUAUUUUCAAGAAAUUCUUUUUUUAAGAAUUUAACUAGAAGGGACUGCUAGAAAUAUACCAUCAGUUGCCUAGUGGAGUAUAUGUAUUUUUCAAAUGUUUUAUCAACAAAGCUGCAAUUUUCAGGUGACCUGCUACUGCUGUGUGUAGGUGGGAGCCCAAGUUAGGAUCUUUGCUUGGGGGAAAACCUCCCAAGAAGCCCCUCUUAGCUGUGUCCAUGUGAGAUCAGUGGCAGCCUUGCCUCUGUGUGUAUAAAAGGUCUCGAACAAAACUUCCAGGCUUCCAGGGACCAGGUGCUUCAAUGUGCAUUCCUCUGGGGAAGCAAGUUACUUGGAUUUGCCCUUAGCCUUAAGCCUCUGCAGCAGAAAGUCACUGUGAAGAAAGGCUCUCCAGGGAGAUGAUGUCAUGAUGAGGGCUCUGGCUGGCCCCAAGGACAAGCUGAGGACACGACAGAGCCGCUGAGGGUACAUGGGAUCUUGGUAUCUGCUUGUGACCUUGGUGGAGAUCUGAAGCGUCAGGAACACCAUCUUAUUUGUGGGCAAGAGUGUCUUACUGUUCGGGGUCAGUGGUCAGAGGCAACAGUGUAUAGAAGCAGCAGAAGUCAUGGAAGCUAAAAAUGGCAGCUGAUUCCUGAUUCUCGCCCCCAGGAGGCUGGGGAAAACAGGCUGAGCAACCUCGGGAUUCUUGGGCAACUUUAGGGUGGUAGUUGGAAGAGAUCCUGGGCAGGCCUACUAAUCUGGAAAGCAAAAGGUCAGGCGUAGGUCUACAUAAAAAUGCUACAAUAAAAUGUACUGCCACCCUGAUUUCAUAGAGCAAGCCAAAUGCUCACACAGAGGUAAGAGUCAGGUUCCCCGAGUCCCUGGGCUAUCCUCUGAAGACUUUGCACGGUUCAGCCCUACAGCAAACCCUGAUGAUGAAUCCUAAGACUUUUUAGGGAGACAUGAUGCUGGGCUUCAAACAUCUGAAGGACCAUUAGAACCGGGCCCAAGGAGAGAAGUUCCCAGAGGGAGAGGAGAUUUCUGCUCAGCGUGGGGAAGAGCUUCCCGGCCACCGCACCUGUUUCAUGGUGCAGCGCAGCGCUGAGACCCCAGGCCGGGUGAUGGCUGGCCUGUGAAUCAGCUAGGCCAUGUGCUUCCAAUACUGCUGGCCUCACCCUGGGCCCAUUCCUGGCUGGGUUUUCAGGUUGCCACUCCCAACCUAUACACAAAAGUAGUCUGGGGAAUCACAACAGCUCCAGACCCCAUCCCCCAGAUGUUCCUCCAUGACUCCUUUCAGGUGGAAGGACCCCAUGUCCAGGAUGACAUGGGACCCUUCUGUCUGCUCUCUGGGCUCCCCAGUCCCCAGGGCAGGACUGCUUCCAUCAAAGGAAACCCAAGAUGAGGCAGACUUCAAAUUCUCUCCUGCAUUGACUCUUGGGAAUGCAUGUUUGGGUCCCUGAAGAUAAACCCUGUUGGGAGAGGCUGAGAACACAGCCUAGGAUGACCAGUUAGUGCCUACUUCUUAAAAAUGACUUAAUGAAGUCUUAAUGACACUCCUUGGAAGUAAGAGAAAAGCAACAAAGAGGAUUGUUAGUAUGUUUCCACCCGAGGCUGCCUUCUAGAGAGAGACUCAAAGAAUGACUGACACCUGCUGUCCUGGCUUCCUUAAUAAGCCUGACUAAACUACUCGUAUGAAAUUAGUGGGAAUUCUGACGUAGCUUAAGGUAUGUAUAUUGAGUAAAUCAUUUGAAUUUUCUCUUUUGUAUGAAGCAUUGAAAUAUUGCUGAAAACAGACGUCCCUCGUAGAUGCCAGAACUUAUUCUUUCUUUCAAGUCAAGGGAGUUGGUGUUAAAAAGGGUUCUGCCUCUGAAUCACUGUGACCUUGAUAAAGUCACCCCAGUUCUUUGGGUCUCGGUUUUCCCAUCUGUAAAAAUAGAGUUUGGGGAAAGGGAACAUGGAAGACUCCCCCUAAGUGAGCAGUCAGCCUCGUGAGGAGUCCUUGACGAUGUGGAGUCUGGGGAGGAGCCCGUCGCCAAACUGACGCCGAUUGCCCACCGGCUCAGGGGCUGCUCGCCCUUUGGAUAGGGUGGCUGGCACUCUGUGUGAUAGUAGUGAUGCCUGUUGGCCUGGACUGAGAUGGGUUGAGUUGGGGUAAUGGAGAAAGUCGUUUGGGGUUGAGCUGGGUCUCAGAAUAGGGUCUGCCUGUAGCAGCUGCACUCUGACUAGGGCUGGGCCUCCCUCCUGCAUCCCCUGUGCUUGGCUCCAGAGCCUUAGAGCAGAGCUGGCAUUCCGCUCUCUCCCUUCCCAAGGCCUUAUUGCAGUAGGGGCGAGUCUUCCACUUCACUGGCUAAUUUCCUCCUAAGGUCCAGUGGGCUGAAUGAGAGUCUGAUUAUGACUCCUACACUUUUUCACGACUUAAGACACAAUUUUGUGAAAAUAAAAGCACUUCCCUGCCCAAGUUAUACUGACCGGCAAAAAAUUAUUUCUGAUCCAUGAUACAUUUUGAGUUAAACAUUACCCCUCUGAACUUAUAACAAUAUGGCCUGAGUGAGCUUCAAUUUCUGAUUCUUUUUGAAAUUGGAUUUUUUUUUAAAUCACAGAGAUAAUAUAUGCUUACUGUGGAGCAUUCAAAUAACACAAAAGAGUAUAGUGUGAAGAAGCAAAGUCUCCCUUUGUUUCCAGAACCUUCCAGGAUGGCUGGGCCCGUGAGCCAUGGCCGCUGAGCCUGCACGUCCGGAGCCUGUGCUCCGCAAC